AGACACGUGUUCCACCACUGAAUGGAUUGUUGACUUUCACAGUCGCUGUUUGUGGACACCAGGGCGAAAUGUCCGUCUUUUAAAGCUAAAUAAUACAACUUAUGAGCGACGCUGCCAUUACAGGGAAAGAUCCAGGGUUGGAUUGCUGUGUUGGGCUCGCAAACGUGGAUUAUAGCAAGGUAGACAUAUCAGUGCUGUCUAAGAUGAUGGACUACAUUAUCUCGAUGGAUCACAGUAUCGCUGUGGCUGUUGUUGCCAUAAUCUUUAACCCUUUGUUUUGGAAUGUGGUUGCCAGGUGGGAACAUCGGACACAGAGGUUAACUAGCUUGUUUGGAAGUCCACGUGUGGCCUGCUACUGCCUGGGCGUCGUCAUUCUGCUUCUCAAUGUUUACCGCAGUCACAGUAUUACAGUAGCGAUGCGAUCCCACCCGAAGCUGGAGCUGAUGGACCAUGUGCAGGUGUAUUAUGUGGGCGUGGCUCUCCUGGCACUGGGCUCUGUGUUUGUUGUUACGAGCUUCCUGGCAUUGGGCUUCACUGGGACGUUUCUCGGAGACUACUUUGGUAUCUUGAUGGACCAUAAGGUGACUGGAUUUCCCUUUAAUGUCACAGAUAAUCCGAUGUACUGGGGCAGCACCGCCAACUACCUUGGCCUGGCACUAAUGAAUGCCAGUCCUGUUGGUGUGCUCCUCACUGCAGUGGUGGCGCUGAGCUACUCGGUGGCAAUAGCAUACGAAGGACCGUUCACGGAGGAAAUCUAUCGGCAGAGAAGCCGGCACAGCAAACACAAAUAACCGUGGGCUGUGUUUGUUUAAGGACCACACCGAACCCCCCGGCGCUCCAGAUUCCACCGCAACACGAUCCAACAGCUUAUAGAGGAAGAGGAUGCGAGGACGCGUGGGCGCGGCUGUCUAAAUGUCAAGCGGCGCUACAGCAAGUGGUUGCAAAUGUCAUAAUUUCAUAGAAACAGUCAUGUUUAAGAUUUCUGGUUCUAUGUUUAUAUAAUUUGACCUGCUCAUACACAUACAGACGGGUGACCAAUUAAAAAAUAAUCAACGUUAUGGUGCUGGCACAAGCUUCCAUGCCAGCUCUGUUUUGCAUUGGCUUCUGGAACUCUACUCAAAUUUAUUUGUAAAGCACUUUUCACCGUAGACAUUGUCUCAAAGCAACUUUACAGCAUCCAUCUGUCCCUUCAAAAGAAAUCCCCUCGAUUGGUAUUUUUAUGCUGGGUUUGGUGAUCUGGUGACCCUCUGGUUUUUAGUGUAUGUAAUACUUACCGGUGCGUGACUCUCCGUGCACAAUACGGAUCUCAGUAUGAAAGCGGUCGGUACUGCACAUGUGUCAGAGGGGGCAUCAGUUAGUCACGACCCUCUUCGGUCAGACCUGGAGGUCUGCAGCAGUAGAAGUGAAAUAUGAUCAGGGAAUUGGAUAUGACUAACUUGGGAGAAAAAUUUGGGGGGAAAUACAAAAAAGAAAAAGAAAGCCAAGUGUAGCUCUGAAUCGUUCUCCUUAGUGUAUAUAGUCAAGCAGUCUUUCCGACUGAAGCUCCUGCCAUCUAUGUCUUUAUUAUAUUAUCAAGCUGUCUUUGUAAACCUUAUUAUCUACCGGAUCCAAAAUCGAGGGCAUUUUUAUUCAUGCCAUGAGCAUGAUAGUCCGACGUGUGCAGUAGCUGCUUUUUUUUAGAGAUCUGUAUCGCGCACGGAGAGUCACACACUCUGUUAUCCCCCGUCUCUGUGCAGCACCAUCGAUCAGCCAGCAGAGGGCGUAACCGCAGCAGUUAUGAUGUGUUAGUGUGACCAGUUUGGCCCAUUUUUUACCCAGGAGUCUUUAAGGCAGUUUGACUGUUGGUAUCUACACGCUUUCAUUUGUCACCAGUCUGAUGGCUAAAUAAAAACCCACCAGUUUAUUAUAAAAAAUGUACAUUAAUUACAGCGAACAAUAAAUGGCCAGGUUAUUUCACUAUGAGAUGUUUCCUCUUAAAUGCUGUUCUCGUAAACAUCCAGGUGAUGAAGAUCCAUGUGAAACUUACAUAAUUUACAUUGUUAUGUUAUUACUGGUUCCAGUGCUGUAGGUGCACCUAUGUUUUGGAAAAUAAAAAUCCCAUAAUGUGAGCGUUA